AGACAGGAAGCUACCACACGGAUCCCAUUAAAUAAAAGGAGACAACACUCUGUAUUGGAACAGAAAAAAAAACGUACUUUCUGUCAAAAAUACGCCAGUAUCAAAUGUCAUUCGGAGCUGUCAAAUUCAAUGAUUACUUGUGUUUUUUAGUAAGAAUUUGAGUUUGAGUCGGCAUUAAUUAUUUAAAAAAAUGUCUUCAGGUUUUACUAAUUUUGCUGCACAAAAUGGUCCAGACGACUGGAGGGAUGCCGCCCACAGUACUGGAACUUCUAUAAUGGCAGCAGAAUUUGAUGGCGGUGUUGUUAUAGGAGCUGAUUCUCGAACAACUACAGGGGCGUAUAUUGCGAAUAGAGUAGCAGAUAAAUUAACGAAAAUAACUGAUCAUAUUUACUGUUGUCGUUCUGGAUCUGCUGCUGACACCCAAGCUAUUGCUGAUAUUGUAGCAUAUCACUUAAAUUUCCAUGGUAUGGAAUUGGGUGAGGAACCUCUUGUAGAAGUAGGAGCAGCAAUCUUCAAGGAACUUUGCUACAACUACAGAGAUUCGUUAAUGGCUGGAAUACUCGUAGCAGGUUGGGACAAGAAAAAAGGUGGUCAAGUCUAUUCCAUACCCAUUGGUGGAAUGUGCGUUAGACAAGAAGUUUCUAUUGGAGGUUCUGGUUCCAGCUAUGUUUAUGGUUAUGUAGAUGCUAACUUUAAACCUGGAAUGUCAAAGGAAGACUGCGUUAAGUUUGUUUCAAAUACUUUGGCUCUAGCAAUGUCUAGAGAUGGUUCAUCUGGAGGUGUUGUCAGAAUAGGAAUUAUAACUGAAAAAGGUAUAGAACGUAGGGUUAUUUUAGGUAAUGAGUUGCCCAAAUUCUAUGAGGGUUAAGUAAUUUGUACACAUUUGGUAUUUUUUGAUAAAUUAUAGAUUAUUCAAUAUCUGUC